ACGCAAGGCCGAGGCUUCGCUAGGCCGCGCGUUGCUAAGCAACGCGUCGCGAUGACGUAACUUCCGGCGAAAAAACCAGUGGUCGCGUAGCAACGCGUCGCGCUGCUGACAUCACUUCCUCCUUCUCCCCCUGGGCGGCGCCAUCAUGGCGGCCGUGUCGGUUUUCCCUUCCCAACGCGAGCUCGGCGCGGCUCUGGCGCGGUUGGUGACCGAGGCGGCGGCCGAGGCGGUGGCGAGCAGCGGCCGCUUCACGCUGGGGCUGUCCGGGGGCUCGCUGGUGGCGCUGCUGGCGCGGGAGCUGCCGCCCGCCCUCAGCGCGGCUCCCGGGGCCGAUCCGUCGCGCUGGCUCGUGGCGUUCUGCGAUGAGCGCCUGGUGCCGCCCGAGCACCCCGAGAGCACCGGCGGCGCCUACCGGUCCCAGGUGUUCUCCCAGUUGCCCUCUCCUGGCCCCCAGGUUCUCUCCGUCUCCCCCGAGCUCGGCCCGGCCGCGGCCGCCAGGGACUACGAGGAGCAGCUCAGGAAGGCGUUCCCCGGCCCGGCCGUGCCCCAGUUUGAUUUGCUGCUGCUGGGGCUGGGCCCGGACGGUCACACCUGCUCGCUGUUCCCGGGACACGCCCUGCUCCAGGAGCAGCAUUCCCUGGUGGGAUUUUUGGAGGACUCUCCCAAGCCCCCUCCCCGGCGUGUGACGAUGACGCUGCCGCUGCUCAACUCCGCCCGCCGGGUCCUGCUGGUGGCGGCCGGGGCCAGCAAAGCUCCUGUGCUCAAGGGUGAAAUUCUGGGAGUUUUGGGGUGA